CUCCGCACAAUGACGGCUACGCUACACUUCCGCUUGCGCUUGACGUCUGUUCCGUUUCUCAUGGCAACAGCGAAACGCGUACAGAAAGCAGAAGCGUUGUCGUGUACAGCCGUUCACGGACAAAAUGGCUGAAGUUGUGGAAACACUAAAGAGGAUUGAAGCCCAUAAAGGAGUGAUUGGAACAAUAGUUGUCAAUGCAGAAGGUAUUCCCAUCAGAACAACUUUAGAUAACUCCACCGCAGUUCAGUAUGCAGGACUUCUUCGACACCUCACAAUGAAGGCCAGUAGCACUGUGAGGGACAUUGACCCCCAGAAUGACCUCACCUUCCUCCGCAUCCGCUCCAAGAAACAUGAGAUCUUGGUUGCACCAGAAAACGACUUUCUGCUGAUAGUCAUCCAGAACCCAUGUGAAUAGCCACUGGACAUUUUCAUGAGCAUCAAAUCAGCCUUUGGUUUGUCACAUGGUGCUUCUUCAUCCAGGAAAAAGGUCUUUUUCCAUUGUGUUAUAAUGCUCAUGUGCUGCAUCCCUCACGUUAAUCUACAUAACACGAUGUUUGUUUUGCCUUAUUUAUGUCAAUUUGUGUCUUUAUGUUGAUACAACUGUGAAAUAAAGCUGUUGGGCAUUGUAUUAUUAUCUCACAAUGCUUCCAUCAAUACAA